GCGGAAGUGCUAAAUAAAAUAAAAAACUUUAAUUCAUCUGUCAAGAUAUGCAUAACACAAAAAAGUUGCGCAUCUCAUCACACUUUACCCAAGCAAAGCAAAGCUCCUGUAAAUAAAAUGACUGCCCUCGAGACUGACUGUUUUGAGCUGAGUGACUUGUCGUUGGACGAUGCGAUGAUCGAGUAUGCUUACUAUGGGUAUGGUAUGGUCUACCUCGAACACCCUUGGAAAGAGUUUAAAGAGUACUACAAUUGUCAAGAAACACCGACCGCAUUGUUCGACAGAUUUUGGGACGACAUUGUUCCGAACCUUAACAAUUACGAAAAAAUACAGAAUACGCCUGCUAUUGCGAUGAUUAUAUCACGAAUUCAUAAUCCACGAAUAUAUCCACCACGUCGUCCAAGAAAUUACGAUAAUGUAGAUGAGAUAUCGCUGUUCGCGUUCGAACAACAACAGAAUAAAGCAAUACAAGAAAAGAUAUUCAACGAUCCAAAGAUGUUGGCACUUAAAGCUAAUUGUCACGAUUAUAUCAAUAAUCUCUCAGGUGAGCAAGAUAUCCCGAUGGAAAGUCCAAAUCCACCCAGCAGUUCUCAGCAAUCAACCACGAGACAAAGUAAUCGGCAAUUGUCUAGCCAUUCUCAGAUGAGUCGUGGAACACAGAGGCGUCGGCGUGCAAGUCGAGAUUCAAGAAGCAAGCAUACAGAGCUCGCAUCAUCAAUUCCCAAUUUGUCAACUAUUAUUGAAGCGCCUGAGAGAAACGGUGAAAGUGAUGGCGAACCUCCUAGCAGAAGACGUCGCAGUGCUGACGUCGAAUGAGAGUCACCGAGUAAGGAUGAGGACAAUCAGGACGUUAUAAUGAGUCGCACAUUUUGUGCAAAUUCCUCUGAUUAAAACAUUCGUUUGAUCAUAA